UCUCCCUGUCAAUAAUCCCGAAUCCAGACUCUCUCUAUUUCCAUCCCUCUCUAUCUGUCAAUCAGCGCCGCCUUUGAACUGAAAACCACUCCGACCAACUUCAACUCCCUCAAUCCGAGCGCCUCAGCUCCGUCUCCGGCUUCUGUUUCUGCCAAGAUUGCCCUCUUCUUUUUGAGUUUUGAACACUCACCCAGCCAAACGACACUGCGAGUCCCUAAACUUGAAACUCGGGAUUCGGGGAUCACACCAAGAUCAAGGGUUUAAAAACUUUUGGGUGUUUUGGCCCCCCGCAAAAUUAGCGCUCCUCGGGAAAAAUGCCGCAGCUGAACGGCGGUGGAGGGGACGAUCUGGGUGCGAACGAUGAAAUGAUUUCCUUCAAAGACGAAGGCGAGCAGGAGGACAAGAUUUCGGAGAACUCCUCAGCAGAAAGGGAUUUAGCAGAUGUCAAGUCUUCUCUGGUAAACGAGUCGGAAACGAAUCAAAACAGCUCUUCGGAUUCCGAGGCGGAAAGACGGCCUCCGCCUAGAUCUGAAAGUUUCAGAGACAAAACAAGAGAAAGUUUAGAGGAGGCUGCGAAAAGGCAAGAUGGAGGGCUGUUCAAGAGCCCACCGUACCCGGGCUAUCCCUUUAUAAUGAUUCCCGACCUCACGAGCCCGUACCUCCCGAACGGAUCGCUCUCGCCGACCGCGCGCACAUAUCUACAGAUGAAAUGGCCCCUGCUAGAUGUUCAAGCAGGAAGUCUUCAGAGUAGACAAGCACUUAAAGAUGCCAGGUCACCUUCUCCAGCACACAUCGUUGGGCCCUUCUGCUUGGAAUUCCCCGGACAGACUGAUCUGAGUCUUCACCAAUUUCAUUUGUCUAAUAAGGUCCCCGUGGUACAGCACCCUCACCAUGUGCACCCGCUCACACCUCUGAUCACCUACAGCAAUGAGCACUUCACGCCUGGGAACCCCCCUCCACAUCUACAGGCAGACGUGGACCCCAAAACAGGAAUUCCAAGGCCUCCACAUCCUUCAGACAUAUCCCCCUACUACCCCCUGUCACCUGGCACUGUAGGCCAGAUUCCCCAUCCGUUAGGAUGGUUAGUACCACAGCAAGGUCAACCAGUUUACCCAAUCACGACGGGAGGUUUCAGACACCCCUACCCAACUGCCCUCACUGUCAAUGCGUCCAUGUCAAGUCUUCUCUCCUCCAGGUUCCCUCAUCACAUGGUGCCCCCCCACCACAGUUUGCACACCACAGGGAUCCCCCACCCAGCCAUCGUCACACCCAACGUCAAGCAGGAGUCCUCUCACAGUGACAUCGGCUCCCUCAGCUCGAAACAUCAGGAUGCGAAAAAAGAGGAGGAAAAGAAGAAGCAGCCACACAUAAAGAAACCUCUGAACGCGUUCAUGCUUUACAUGAAGGAAAUGAGAGCCAAAGUGGUGGCAGAGUGCACACUGAAAGAGAGCGCAGCUAUAAACCAGAUCCUAGGCCGAAGGUGGCAUGCUCUGUCUCGAGAGGAGCAGGCCAAAUACUACGAGUUAGCCAGGAAAGAGCGACAGCUUCACAUGCAGCUGUACCCCGGCUGGUCAGCACGAGAUAACUAUGCGGGUAACUAUCAGGGGAAAAAGAAGAAGAGAAAAAGGGAAAAGCAGGCAGGAGAGGGCAAUGAACACAGAGAAUAUUUUCCAAACCCUUGCCUUUCACUCCCUCCGAUUACAGAUGCAAAUACCCCUAAGAAGUGUCGUGCCUUGUUCGGGCUUGACCAGCUGGGUUUAUGGUGCAAACCCUGCAGGAGAAAAAAGAAGUGCAUUCGCUACAUUCAAGGUGAAGGCAGCUGUGCCAGUCCUCCCUCUUCGGACGGAAGCUUACUAGAGUCCCCCCCAUCCUCCCCCUCCAUGGUCUCUCCCUCCCCGUCCUCGAAAGAGUCCAAAUCACAGACUGAACAAAUGCAGCCUCUCUCACUGACUAUGAAACCGCCCCCCCUGCUCUCGUCGUCCCAACACCAACACAUCUCCAUGGCCCCACCUUUAGCUCUGUUGGACAACUCCAGGGCGGGCAAAACAUCCAGCUCGGCACACAACGGUUCCUUGGACCCCUCAGACGUAUCGUCGUCCCGACCCACAGGCUCCACCUCCUCCCGGCCGACAUCGGCAUGUCAUUCCCACUCCCUGCUGCCCAGCUCCGCCACGAUGCAACCCCUUUCACUCGUAACCAAGUCGAUAGACUAGCUUCGUUGUUGUUUUUUUUAAAACCAGCUUUCUCUCUCUGUCUGUCUUUUUUCAUUCUGUGUUCUGAUGCUCUUGUUUUUUCUGUGCGAUAUGGCUUUGAAAGUUCAUUGGUCAAUAUUUGACCUUUCAUUA